CAAUUCACCCCUUUGGAAUGAGUGUUAAAAAUAAUUCUGAGGAGAAAAAGUAUCAAAAGCUUUUCAGUGAAGAACAUAAAGACCAGUCAAAUAAAUGUGAUCAGAACUUUCAAAAUAAUUCCUUUCAGUUAGAUCAUAAGUACGAAACUCUACCAAAUUUGGAAUAUGAUACUAAACAGAUUAACGUAGGCCCAGGAACAACAGAAACAAAAUGCAUAUCAACAGAAUAUCAUGAAAUAGGAAACAAAAAUUUGAAGCUCUUUUCUUCUGAUAGAUUAGAUAAGCCUACCUCUGCGGGAGCAGAGGUCUCAAAUCUUAAGGUAUCAACUGAUACCGAAUUUCUCAGUAUAAUGACCUCCAGCCAAGUUGCUUUUUUAGCUCAAAGGGAGUAUGAAAGGCAAAAUCCUAUAAAUAAAGAGGCCAUAAACUUGGAGAUUGAAUCAAAGGCAAAUUGUGAAAAAAUAAGAGGAACUGAAGAGAAUUUGAUCCAGCCUAAGGAAGAUCUUGCAGGUUAUGAAAACGAACAAACCCAAGCAUAUUCUCUUGAACUUUUUAGUCCUGUUUGUCCUGAAACAAAAAGUUGCCAUAGUCACAGGAAGUCUGAUAAAGAUCUUAAAGGAAGUACGGCAUCUCAACAGGUUUUUUCUUUUGAAGAUAAACUGCCACCAAAUGAGAUAUAUAUUGAGUCAUGCAACUCAGGGAUAUUGGUUUCACAAAUAAAUACUUUUCACAAAAGUUCUGGUAAAAGAAGUUGUACCUCUCGAGAUAAAAUGGGCCUCUCUAAAGCUAAAUCGAAAGUUCUCCCAGUAGCUAAGAAAUUUAAGUUAAUUUCUAAUGUAAGAGAUUCUACUGUAGUGGUGAACCAGAGGAAGCUGUGUGGACUUAAGGGAAUUAAAAACACAUCAUUAGUAAAAGAUUGCUAUUCUGAAAAUCAGAAGUAUAACUGUUUAGUUAUGGUGUUAUCGCCAUGUCAUGUGAAAGAAAUAACUAUAAAAUCAGGACCAAAUUCUGGCACGAAAGUGCCUUUAGCUACAAUUGUGGUGACUGACCAAUCAGAAAUUCAGAAGAAGGUCCUUCUAUGGAGGACUGCAGCAUUUUGGGCACUGACAUUGUCUAUUGGAGAUAUCAUAUUACUCACAGAUGUUACUAUUCAUGAGGAUCGUUGGGUUGAUGAAAUAGUACUGCAAUCAACAUUUACCAGUAAAUUAUUAAAUCUUGGGAAUUACUCAUCUGUCCAGCCUGAAGAAUAUUCCAGUACAGUUAGUGUUACUGUACUUCAGGACUUACUGGCUUAUGUGUCUUCAAGACAUUCCUAUCUCAGAGAUCUUCAGAAGCAUCCUCAGAAAAUGAACAGAAUUGAAUUUGUAGAAUUGGAGCAACUUCAGCCUGAUAUACUAGUCCAUGCGGUACUAAGAGUUGUUGAUAUCACUAUACUUACAGAAGCAUUAUACACGUAUAGAGGACAGAAGCAAAGGAAAGUUCUGUUAACAGUGGAACAGGCCCAAGGUCAACAUUAUGUGCUGGUAUUAUGGGGUCCUGGAGCAGAUUGGUACCCUCAACUUCAAAGGAAGAAAGAUUAUAUUUGGGAAUUUAAAUAUCUUUAUGUUCAGCGCAAUUGCAUCUUAGAAAACCUAGAAUUGCAUACAACAUAUUGGUCGUCCUGUGAAUGCCUGUUUGAUGAUGAUGUAAGAGCAAUUACUUUCAAAGCAAAAUUUCAAAAAACUGUGCCUUCUCUUGUGAAGAUGUCAGACUUGGCAAAACACCUAGAGGAUAAGUGUUCAGGAGUAAUUUUAAUCAAAGCUCACAUUUUAGAGCUAGUCUUUCCUGUUACGGAAGCUCAGAAGAUAACUCUAAACACUGACAGUUCCCUGGAGAGUAUUUACCUUUCUCUUCCGCACAUUAUAUAUACUGGCUGUGCAAAGUGUGAAUCAAAACUAGAAAUAGAUGAGAACAAGAUCUACGAACAAUGCUUUAGGUGCUUGCCAUCGACUAUGAAGAAACUAUACUAUAGGUCAGCUUUAAUUACCAUCAGUGAUGAAAGAGAGAAAGUUUGUGUCCAUGCAGGAUCAAAGAUUAUAGAGAAGAUUCUUCUUAACAUCCCUCCUGACUGGCUCAACAGAAUUAUAGCCCCUUCAUCAGAGGUCACCUAUGGCAUGGUGGCAGCAGACUUGUUAUACUCUCUGAUGAAAAGCAGCAGGACACCUUGUGUAGUCAAGAUGCAGAGCCUCUUUGUGUUAGAUGAAAACAGCUAUCCAUUGCAACAAGAUUUCUCCCUGCUGGAUUUUUAUCCUGAUGAUCCUGUCACAUGAAGAGGCUCCAGAACAUCAAAGAAGAAAGUAUCAAAGUGAUUCCUUUUUGAAGUGAAUUUAUUUUUCUUUGAAUUUUAAAAUAAAUAUAUUUUUGCAUUGAAAA